GUGAACUCGGAAAGGGCAAAAGCAAUUGACUUCUCCGUCCCGUUCCUGGACACUGGGAUAGCGAUAGUUGUUGCUAAACGAACCGGGAUUAUUUCCACGACAGCCUUCUUGGAACCUUUUGACAAGGCUUCAUGGAUUUUGGUGGCCUUGGUUGCUAUUCAAGUUGCGACGUUGGCCAUCUUCGUUUUUGAGUGGUUGAGUCCCUGGGGUUACGAUAUGAAGUCGCAGCCACCACCUGGCCACAGUUUCUCGCUGUUGCGGGUCUAUUGGCUCGUGUGGGCAAUUUUGUUCCAAGCAGCUGUGAAUGUAGAUUGCCCACGAGGCUACACAUCCAGGUUUAUGGCCAGUGUGUGGGCCACGUUUGCUGUGGUGUUCCUGGCCAUUUAUACGGCCAACCUUGCUGCGUUUAUGAUCACCCGGGAGAAAUACCACGACCUCAAAGGGAUAGAAGACCCCAGGUUGACGCACCCGAGGGCACAAGAGCCGCCGUUCCGGUUCGGAACCAUUCCCCACGGGAACACUGAAGCAGUCCUGAAACAGAACUACCCCGAGAUGAUGGCGUACAUGAGAAAGUAUAACCGAUCCUCGGUCCUCGAAGGCAUUCGAAGUGUGAAGCACCACGAUUUGGACGCGUUUGUGUACGAUGCCACAGUGCUUGACUAUUUGGUGGGUCAAGAUGAUGAAUGCAAACUUCUGACGGUGGGAUCUUGGUACGCCAUGACUGGUUAUGGAAUCGGGUUUCCGAAAGGUUCCCGUUACAUUCAACAGUUCAAUCAACAAAUGCUAAGAUAUCGUCAGAACGGGUACUUGGAGCGACUGCAACACUUCUGGCUCAAGGGGGCCUGCCGCCCAAAAACAAAGCAAAACGCCGCUGCUUCCAGUUCCGGCGGCGGCUCUGCCUCCCUCUCCAUCAACCAGUUUUUGUCUGCAUUUUUGCUGCUCGCAGCCGGAAUGUCAAUUGCCAUUUUCUUCUUCUGCGUGGAAAGCAUAUACUUCAAGUACGUGCGGAAAUGUGUCGUUGCCAGUGACGCGGCCAACAGGAUGUUCUCCUUGCUGAGCACCAGCAUGGGGAGGUCAGAAGACGGUGAAGAAGAGGCAGAAAAUGGGGACGAAGAAGAAGAAAGAAAGAGGACAACAGGAUCAGGUGAAGACCAGGACCAGCAGCUGCAGAAAAAGCGCAAAUUGCCGGAAACCCAGUUGGCCCUGAUUGCGGAUUCUGAAGACGGAAGCGGGUGUCCGUGCUCGGAUCCGGUUUGCAAAAGGUUCGCCUGGGAGGCGUUGAGAGAGCUUGAAUUAUCCAAAGCCAGGAUCAAGCAGCUGGAACAGGAAAUGCUGUUCCGUCAGGGACAUCAACAGCAGCAAAGGACUUCUUCUGUCGUCAGGGAAGAACCUAUUUUCAGGAGCAUGAUGUCCCUGCAGCAAGCAACGCCAGGAGCAGCAACAUCCCCGCGGUUCCCACUUCCGGAAGCGAGGUCCCGACUGCAUCCGCAACAAGUCCACGCUGUUCCGUCCAUUUCCCACUUCAGUUCGGACUGUUUGCGAGACAAACCGUUCAAGCCUGUGUGGUGGAAGCAGUCGCAGACUUUUGCCCGAAAUGGGACUCGCAAGUCGCGACAACGAAGGCCGAAAACGAUCGAGAUCGCCGAGAUCGAGACGGUGCUGUAAAACUAAAAGGAGAAAUUCUGCAUCGCCCCCCACUGGAAAUUCCGUUCGCAUAUUUGUUGAACCGAAAAAAAAGGAAUGAGCAGAAUUGUGCCACACUAUGCAUGAGGAAGUAAUUUUCAGAACCCCGAAAUACAUGUUCCGAGUGCAGACGGAACAUCCGACGUUCUCUCGAAACCAGAGAGUUCUCUGGGAAAAAUUCUGUCUUUCAUUUAAUUUUUUUCCAUAAAAAUGUCAGAGUUGAAAUUCAAAAACCCGAAUGGUCUGAAGCCAUUAUUAACAAUAUUCCUCGAGAAAAUCCAGUUUUCCACCACCACGAAGAACAUAUAGAUGAGACACUGACACAUUUUAUUGCUCGCAAAAGUGUUUUCCAGAUUGCGCUUGAAAAUCUUCGCUUUCGAAACUUUCUGGAAUUUUCGAUUAUUCUAGAGAAGCAAAAAAAAUGUUUCAAUCCUUCCCAGCUCAUUUUUUCUGCUCGAAACUUGUUGUGGAAAAUUGACAAGAUGGUUGUACGCGGAACUCGUGAAAUUCAAAUUCAUCAUGUUGAAUCAUUCGCUGAUUUGAACGAUCGCUUUACUUUUGAUUCAUGCCCGACAGAUUUCGCGGACGUGCAGCCGAAAUGCAAGUGAUUAUUUUGGGA